AUGUUCUUCAAGAACGAGAGCCCACUUCACCUCCUGGUGACUUUCUGUCUCCUCGUCAGGCAGACUCCCCCCAUCCCCUCUCCCCUCUCCCCUGCGGGCUAUCAGGACUCGUCAGUGCAUGUUUUUUCUCCAGGUGGCCCGAUUUGUCCAACGUAUUUGGUAGACCGACAGAUCUGCACGUGCUGGCAGGGAUUCCGCAGGGACGCCUUGGACCAACCAGGGCCGUCUUAUCCUUCAUCAGGCCUGGCGAGCUCUCUGCGGCCAGGGCGACUUUACCCUUUCUCCUCUGGUGGUUGCUUCGCGUCACGCGCCUAUCAUCACGCACCUUUAUACCUGUGGAUGCAUGUAUGUAUGUAGGUAGGUAGGUAGGUUAGGCAUGCGUAUCAUGUAGGUAUAUAUGUAUGUAAAGAUGUAUGUAUGUAUGUAUGUACGGAUGGAUGGAUGUGGACGC